CAGGACGACGAUGCUGAAUGUGAUUAUAUUCAUGCCAAUAGGGUAAAGAUGGAUAAGGCUGAUCGGGAAUUUAUUAUGACACAAGUUCCCAAAACAAAUACAAUUGAGGAUUUUUGGAGAAUGGUCUUUCAACAACAGUGCUCUGGUUUGGUCUUAUUAUGUAAUUACCGGGAAGAAAGCACACAAAGUUGCGAGGAGUUCUUUCCAACAGAUGCUGCUGCUUAUAAAUACUUUGGUCAAAUGUUCGUAAACACUAAAAAAGUGGAUCAUCUCGAAAAAACCAAAAUAUAUACAAUCGAAGUAUUACCUGAUGGUUGUUCUAACUCCUUCGUAACGCAGCUUGCUCAUUUUACCUCGUGGCCUGAAAAGCCUGGUCCUAUCGGGGUUAUCUGUAACGCCGGCGUUGGUCGAAGCGGUGCAUACGUGGCCAUAGAUGUCGCUUGUGCUCGACUUUUUAAAGGAUAUCAAUCAAAUAUGAAAGACAUUGCAUUGGAACUCCGGCGGCAACGAGCAUGCAGUAUAGACAAUGAAGUGCAAUAUUUCUUUGUUUACUCUACCGUACUAUGUUAUAUAAAGGCAAAAAUGCCGAAAUAUAGCAAACAAGUGUCGAAAUUCUACGCUGAUUUAAAGCAAAGCCUAGGAAAACCUAAGCGAGUACUCAUAACGAAGCAAUACAACCUCAUCAUAAGGAACCCCUCUUUCCCUGUACUUAUUCUAAUUGUUAAAUAA